AAGUUACAAUAUUAGUCACCUUCAAAGAUAGAACACAGGAAAGUACCCCAGACUGGGUUGUUCUCAGGAAUGGAGUUUUCUUUGGCCCUGACCCCUGUCUGUUUUUUUCCUGUCCUAUUGGGGAAGAUGGCAAGUGGUUUAUGGGGUGUUCAUAGCGAGGGACAGGGUGGUCACAGCAGGGACAGACAUACUUACCAUACCCCUGAAUGGAAGAGGAAAACAGAACCCAGGCCUCUAAGGCCCACUUGUAGAGGGACCAGAGCUUUCCAGGCGAAGUUCUCAGUCUGCUCAGGCUAUUGUGACCAGCUGUAGGCUGGACAGUGACUUCUGUGACUUAAGCCCUAUGUCACUGGAGUGUGGGAUAAAAGCUUCAUGGUUUCCCAAAGACCAGUGAACCCCCACCCCAGGGGACUGUUGCACUUUCGUUGCUGAGAGCUGCUAAUUGCUAUUUGAUGGCUGUUGCUUCUGUAACAGGAAUCAGAUCCAUAUGAUCCGAAUGCCGCAUCAACCCCAAAACACACUUAGCACAGGACCCGACACAGGCGUGGACGGAUCGGUAUGGUGCCUCCUGGGCUUGAUGCCCACACGUUAAGACCUAUGUGAAGGACCUGAGAGAGACUGGAGGCUGCGUGAAUUCCGAGACAGAUGAUAAAGGAAACAGCCUUGUUCUUUUGGGGCGUGGGCGAGCAUAUGUUGAUGUCUGAAAUUGGGCUCCUAGGAUAAGCCAGGCUAGAGCAGGAACCUGAGGUGGGUGAGAGUCGACGCCCUGGGAUCCGAAGCCCAUCAUUGCGAAUUUCAUUUUUUUUUUUUCCUUUCAGCUCGAGUCUGUGACGAGGGCUCUUGCUACACAAAAACCUAUGUGGCGCCCAGGGUAUUAUAUAAACCCUUGGCAGGAGGGGAGAUAGUCCGGUCUGUGCGCUUCGGCCGCCGCAGUCACAGCAGCCACGGCGCAGCAGCAGCAGCAGCAGCAGCGAGAGCCGCUCAGGUUGAUUUAGAACGCGGGUGACAGUGGCCUGGCGCGAGCCUGCGGCUGACGACAGCGGCUGAGCCCGCUCGGUUUCCAUGGAGACGGGCAGGAGCCGCGGCGGCGGCGGCGGCGGCGGCGCGGCUGUCAGCGAGCGCGGCGACGCGCGCGCGGGGGUCUGCAGGAGGCAGGAGCAGGCCGGGGCCCUCGCCGCAGACAUGGACUCGCAUUGUGAGUGCGCCGCGGAGACGCCCGCCGCAGAGCCGCCGUCGGGGAAGAUCAAUAAGGCUGCGUUCAAGUUAUUCAAGAAGAGGAAAUCGGGGGGGACCAUGCCCAGCAUUUUUGGGGUCAAAAACAAAGGGGAUGGGAAGAGCGCGGGGCCGACGGGGAUGGUGAGGAGCAGGACCCACGACGGACUAGCGGAGGUACUGGUGCUGGAGGGCAGCAAGAAGGAGGAGCCGCCCGGCGGGGGCGAUCACGGCGGGGCCCGGCCGAACCCCGGGCCCCCCAAAGCCGCCGGGCCUGGUCUGGGCUCUCUGGCCAGCAGCUCGGUGGCCAAGUCCCACAGCUUCUUCUCCCUGCUGAAAAAGAACGGGCGAUCCGAGACCGGCAAGGGGGACCCUGCCGAGGCGAGCAAGGCUGGCGGCAAACAAAAGAGGGGGCUGAAAGGGAUCUUCAGCAGCAUGCGCUGGCACCGGAGGGACAAGCGCGGCAAGGAGGAGGAGGAGAAGGCGGCGCGCGCGGCGGGCCCGGGCAGCCUAGUCCUGCCCGGCUCGCUCACCGCCAGCCUGGAGUGCGUCAAGGAGGAGCCGCCCCGAGCCGCGCGCCGCCCGGACAGCCCGGGCCAGGACGCCCCGCGACACGCAGCAGGUGAGCCCGAAGGGGGAGAGCAGGCGCCCGCGUCCGCCGAGCGCGCCCCGGCGCGGACCUGCCUCGAGGCCGCGAGCCCCGCCGGCCCUGGCGACCAGAGCGCCCGGGGAGAGGACGCCGAGGGGCACUGGCGCGCGGAGAAGCCCGGGGCAGCCCUCGAGUCGGGAGCCGGCGAGGUCCAGGCGGCCGAGGAUGCGUCCAGGACAGGCUGUGGAGAUAUUAUUGCAGACCCAGAAGAAGAGGCAGGCCCCAGCUGUGACAAGCAUGCCCCCGGGCCAGGCAAGGCAGUGCUCUCUAAAAAGAACACCAGCGUGGUGGCCUACCAAGGAGGAGGGGAGGAGAUGGCCAGCCCGGAUGAGGUGGACGACACCUAUCUCCCGGAAUUCUGGGACAUGUUGUCCCAGACUGAGGACCAAGGACAAGGGCCCCAAGAGGGCGCAGCUAAGGCUGCCACUGCUUCGGACACCAAACUGGCCCCUGAGACCUCCAAUGAUGCCCGGUGUGGGGAAGUAGUCAAGGACGUGUCCUCUGUCAAGCGCAGGAGGCUCCACAGGAUCCCCGUUGAGGCUCAGCAGAAGGACGAGUCAAAGCACCCAGAGAAGGAGCAUCAAGAAGGUGUCCCUAACAGCGACGAGGGCUACUGGGACUCCACCACUCCUGGUCCAGAAGAAGAUAGUGCCAGCAGCAGUAAGAAGGCAGUCAUCCCCAGGGAUAGCGACAGUGGCGAUGCUCUCUAUGAUCUCUACACUGAACCCGAAGGAAGCCCAGCUGCCCUUCCUGCCACAGAGGACCCACCCUGCUUGUCCCGGCUAAAGCCCGUGUCUCCAGGCACCAUCACCUGUACACUGAGAACACCAGGCAGCUUGCUGAAGGACUCUAAAAUCCCCAUUAGCAUCAAGCAUCUCUCCAACCUUCCAUCCAGCCAUCCUGUGGUGCACCAGCAACCAGCCAGGAGUGAGAUGCCCAGAACAAAAAUCCCCGUUUCCAAAGUGCUGGUCCGCAGGGUCAGCAACCGGGGUUUGGCUGGGACCACCAUCAGGGCAGCAGCGUGCCAUGACAGUGCCAAAAAGUUGUGAGGUCUCCAAGGCCAAGGAGGAUGGAUGUUCCGUGAGUUCAGGAAUACAACUCUCCCCUGGAAACCACUGGAGAAAGUUUGCUUUCCCCAAAGCAAACCAUUUAGGACCCACCCUUCUCCAUAUGGCCUAGAAGUCUUUGUUGGAGACAGGGACAGGACACCCUGGAAGGGGGAUGUUACACCUGGAGUUCAGAUAAGUUCCUGGGAAUUCUUUUCUAGCACUUUUUUUUUCUUGUAACUUUUUAAAAAAAUCUGUUUUUUUUUCUUCUUUUUUUCUUUAAUUCAUGGAUCAGAAGUCGCCUUCCCUUGCUUUUGCAGAAAAUAAAAUGUAACCAAAUCUAACAAAUAUAUCACGCCAGGAUAUCCGGCUGUUCUAGAGUCAAGAGGGCCUUGAGGAAUCACUAACAACAGAAUUCUUGCCUCUCUUUCCAGGAAAAAACAAAACAAAACAAAAAAAGACCCUUUGCUUAUCACUGUGUGGGAAACACCUGCAAAGCUUAAAGAUCCAAAUAGCUAUGUGAUGAGAAGAGGGACUGCUGGCUGGCCGAACCCCUCCCCCCAACGUCCAGUUGCCAGACGUACAAAUAGGUAAAGAUCUAUCUCUACAAAAACAGCAAGGUUUUAGUUUGGCUGGUUCAGAUCAUUUGUCUGAGGAGAAAUAAAAGGCUCAUGAUUAGUUUAUGUGUUUUUUUUUGUUUGUGUAUUUUUUGGGUCCACUCCUCCCCUCUUGGGGCAAAAAUUAGGAUCAGGGAAAGAUCUCACUAAAUGCUAAUUACACAGUAUUUUGUCAUUUGUAAACUUCAACCUUCUUACAUGUAGAUAAUGCAUAUUUUAACAGUUUGUCUCACGGUUAACAUUUUACAACUUGUCAAUGAUAUAGAAUUUAGAGUCUGGUCUUAUAGUUGGAUAUGAUGACAAACCAUUGUGGUUCUUUAUGCACUGUAACCUGGGGCAGGGAUGCUUUCGAUUUAUGAGGGAUUUUACCUUGUUUAUAAAAAUGUUGAAUCCAACCAUUUCCCCAAGGUUAGGAAGUCCAAAAUGAACAUAUCAAGAAAUAAUCGAAAAAUACAAGUUUAAAGCUACUCCUUUUACUUUUGCUAUAUAAACCAAUGCCUGAACAGGUGUAUUCUUCACGUGACACUGCCAAACCUAAGUGUGUAAACAUUCUACUAAAUUACUUUCGAGAAAUGGUUUGAUUCGAUAUUUGCUUUCUAAUAUUUUAGCUGAAACUCUGAUGCCUUGGCAGUUUGAACAAUGCAGUUUGAAGGGGUUCCUUGAGUGCUGUCAGUGUCUGCUGACUAAAAUCUGAUGUCCUCUGGAGAUGCAGUUAACUCAAAGGGCUGGAGCUUCUACCAGGGGUGCUGUGGCACAUCGGGAGGAUGGCACAUAUCCCAGUGGCCCUGCAUGUGUGUGAAUGAUAUGAGCACAGUAUAAUUUGAGUUCUAGAGAGAUGAUUAAGAAAUGGUCUGCUAUUUUGUGUUUUAAGAUUUUAGUUAUAUUUUGUAAAAAAAAAAAAGAAGCUAAAUAUAUGAAAAUUUAUUUUAAUAGUGUGAAGGAAGCAAAAAUAAGUGGGCAUCAAGGGAAACUUGAUAAGGCAUAAAGGAACCUAUUCCCAUUUCCAAUUUGUAGCGUUUCCCUUAGAAGAUGGGGCAGAAGUCUGCUGUAUCUUAGAUUACUGACUUUUACUGUAUUGUCUCAGGUCCUUGAUGUUAUCACAAAGCAAUGCUUUAAUUUUUAAUUUCCUUGUAUCUAGAGAUGAGACCCUCCACGUACUCAUCACCCUAAGCAUUCUGGACUUUUUAAUCAGAUACUAUACAAGCAUCUCAUGCAUGCUCAGGAAUUCAUCUGGAUAAAAAUUAACAGAAAACAUCUCAAAAUAGUUGGGAUUUGGCAAUAUUUUGAAAACCACUUCUGCCCUUGAGAAAAGACUUUAAAUCUGAUUAAUAUUGAUAGACAUAUUUAGACCCAAAAAUGCAUUUGUUUUCCCCUAGAACCGGAGAGGACAUACAUUUUACUUCUAGCAGGAAAACAAAGGCACUUUUUCCUUGUGCUUUUCCCUGCAAAGAUCCUAUUUACCUUUGUAGGACUCCACGGCUGGGUUUUGUUUGCACUUGUGCAGCUGUGUAGGGAAGGUAGCAUAUGAAGACUGGGUUCAGACAGUGUCAGAGUAAUGGCAGGUGGACGCACCAGAAGCCCCUCCUUCAAGCGUUCCCAGCUUGGAGGUUUAUUUCUGCAUUCACCCACUAAGCCAUCCUCGCUUUAUAAGGGAAGGAAAAUUUUAGCAAUAUUUACCUUAAUUUCCCCCUGGCAAUUAACCAGUUACAAAAGACUUAAAAUGUUUUAUUUAUAAAAUUCUUUUCACCACACUUCCCCUCAUCCUGAUUUUUCUCUUUUAUGCUGCACAUUUAAGAACAGCACCUGUGCCAGUCCAGUCAAGGACUUGGCAGUGGACUGAAUGCCCUUAGUUGUUAGCAGUCAGGACAGUGGUCAACCUUCUCCAAACACAGAAAGGGGAUCAGAGUUGCUUUCUUGUGCCAAGGGUUACUUUGUCUUACUUGUGUUUGCAAGACAUUUCUAGAUUUCCAUGCAACUGUCUAUGAGUGUGUUAUCUCAUCGUCUUCUGAGAACUGGACAGGCUUCUUUGUGACUUUUUAGAGGAAGGUCAGACAUGAGCAAGUGAUGAUUUCUUGGUAUGUGCAGUUCUAAGGCCCAUUGGGUUGACACCCUUUGGAUAAAGAGCUGCCUGAGAGGAGAGAACAAACAGCCACGUCAACUCUUGGGCAGGAAUUUGUCAGUUUAAUGGUUCUGCACAAAGACAGCCUGUCUUUAAUAUCUACAACACACACACACACACACACACACACACACACACACACACACACACACACACACACACACACUCACUACUCAUUUAGUCCUGCUUUGGUUCUGCUGGCAGUAACGGCUCUUAUUCUCCUCCAUCGUGGAGUGGGAGACAUUUCAUUUACUUCAGCAUUUCAAAUAAUCACAAGAGGAAAUAACGUUUUUAUGAUUUCACGUAAUGACAACGCAAUACAGAUCAUCAGGACUCCCUUGAGAUUCAUUUUUGCACGAAACUUAUCUGCCCUGUUGACAUGCAAACAUCCAUUCAGUGUUUAAUCUGUGCAGACGACGUCUUGCCCAGCUUAGAGGGCUUACUCACUCAUCUCAGUUCUUUUUCAUUCAUUGAAAUUAAUAUGCAAAGUACCCUCUGCUGACUCAAUUGUCAAGGUCAAAGGCUGUAUCAGGUGUUAAGGUUUCUUUGACCAAACUUUCUACGAGUUUUCACUUUUUCCCUCUCUCCGAUCUAUCUGGGGAAGGUCUUUGCUAAGAGCAUUAUCUGAAGAGGUUGGCUCUUGUGGCUUUAUCUCCCUUUGUUUUCAUCAUAGUUACCUCCUGCCCCGGGACAGUGAGAAUAGGACACUCCCCGUGUUGUUGGUCUUCUGGACCAUGUGAGCAAGUUUUGCUCCCUCGUUGCUCUUUGUGAAUGUCUUCCUUGCACUGAAAAUGUGCGACCUUGGCUCUCUGUGCUUGACCUCUACUGAGACGUAAGCCAGUCACCUACACUCUGCUUCCCUCACGAGUGCUAAAACAUAUGAACACAAGAGUUUUCCGGUCGCCUCUCCUUGUCUCCAGGACGGCCAGUUAGAAGGCUCUGCAUGAGAAUCCAAACACCUCAGCUAACCUUGGUCCUGUCCUUUCUCGGCCCACCAAGAAAGGACUCAAUUAUUCGUGUAAGCUCAGCCUUGGAAAUUUUGAUUCACUAUGCAAAAACGAACCAGUGAGGGGUGAACAAGGUCUCAGCAGCGUGUCCCUCGUGUGGCAGAAGAGGACUGCUUAGGAGCACCUCAGGGUGCUUAGUGUGUGCUCACAGUGGUCAUUGAUUGUGUCACCUGCCCCUGCUCUCCAGCCUUCCAGUGGCUGUCAGUUCUAGAGUGCUUCUCUGGGCCUCCCACUCUGGUGAUGGUUUGAAGGAAGCAGUUUGUUGCAACGAUAGCCACUUAGAAAGGAAGGGAUUGCUCCUCCUGCAGACAGACAAGCCUUGAAAAGGUGGUUUGGAAUUGAACUAGGGAGAGGAGUUCUUCCUUGAGCGGAAAACAAGGAAGGUUAAGUGUCACAAAUCCUCCAGCUGACAGACAGCAGCUUUUAUGAUAUUGACUUGAACCCAAUGCAACGCAUAUUUACAGGAUAGUCGCUGUAUCUAAUACUUAACUGUGAAAAUCCAGUUGGAGGCUUCCAUGUUGCUGUGCUGUUAUUGGAUCUUUUUUUCAAUUUUCUUUCAGACACUUUCAUUUGACUCAUCUCCCCUCUGCAUGUUUUGCAUUUGUGCGUAUUGCUUAUAGUUUGUAUGUUGGCGCAGAGUGGUGGUAAACCAAGUCCCACAGAUGCUUCUAGAACUUCUGACAGUGGCCAGCACUUGCUCAACUCUUCUGUGUGCCAGUCCUCCUGGGAGCACUACUGAAUAACUCCACCUUCUUAACAGCCACAUGAGGUGACACUGUCUCCCUGACAGGACUUUACUUCAGACUUUUUUGUUCCUUCUGACCCUUUCAUUGCAGGCACACACCCCCCCGCCCCCCCACCUCUCUCUCCCUAGUCUCUGGGGCAGGGCUGUAACUGUUUAGUGUCCUGGUAACACCAGAGCUCAGAGCUGCUGAAGUCAUUGACCUCCCUUUGUGUCUAACAGGAAAAGCUAACUCACAUCCAAGCUGAUGAGGUUGGCUUCGUGUCUAAGACAUUGGUGCUUGGGUCACACACAAGGGAACCUGCAGUCCCCUGUUCCUCUGUGGUCCAUAGGCAAACAAUUGGCUUCCUUCUCUUUGGCACACCCUCUCCUUCCAGGGAUUAACAUGGAAAGUACCGACAGAAGUCUCUUCUGUUGUCAUGGCAACACUUCUUCCCUGAUAGGAUUUUGGCCAUUCCGGGCACGCUUCUUCACUCUCCUACCUUAAGCCUAGACUAGCCUUGUUUUGAGUAUUCUGUGUUAUUCUUAUUGUAGUAAGAACAUUCCACAUGAAGUCUGCCCUCUCCAGUUUUACGUGUACAGUACAGCACACAGGACUAUAGGCACACACGGCUUAUAGCAGACUUCUAGAACUUAUGCAUACUGGAGUCAUGGAUAUUUUAUUGCUCACUGAUCAGCCAUGCCCCCUUCUCCAGCCCUGAUAACCACCACUCUAUUGUUUGAUUCUAGGAGUUGGACUGUUUUAAAUACCUCAGAGCAGUGGGAUCUGGUAGAUUUUGUGCUUUUGUGACUUGCUUAUUUCACUGAGCAUAAUGUCUCCCAGGUACAAUGUCCGCCUUGUCUUAUGUUAUGAGCUCUCCCUUUCUGGAUGCCGAUCCCAUCGUGCUGCCUGUCUACUGCAUCUUAUGUUUUCAGUCACCUGUCGGCAGACAUGAUACUGUGUCUUGGCUACUGUGGGUAAUGCCCCAGUGUACAUGAGGACGGACAUAGCUUUUCAAGAUCCUGACCUCUCAAGCCUUUCAGAUAAAUACCCCAAAGUAGAAUUGCUGGACCAUACAGUAAUUUUAUUUUUAAGCCUUUGAGGACCUUUCCUCGCGCUGUGUUUCCCACAGCAGAUGCAUCAUUUUACACCCCUAACAUCAGUACCCGAGGGCCCAGUUUCUCCACCAUCAACUAGUUGUCUGUUGUCUUCUUAAACGGGGAGCAGCUGAGUUAUCCUUUGCCCUGGUCCAGCUCUGGAUUCCAGAUGCAAGUACCUGUGAUCACAAGCCACCCAUCCUGUUUCCUCAGUGGCCCUGGAAUCUUAUCUACAUUUUCCGAUUCAUUAAUUCACUCAAGUGGCAUUUACCUAGCACAUCUUAUCAUUUUAUGGUUAAUUCUACUGACUUCCGUAGGCUGGGUUUCCUGGAUUGUCAGAAAUGGGACUUCCUACUUUGUUUUACGCCAUUAUCUUGAUAGCUCACAAGAACCAUGUAAGGCUUCUCUGGACUCCAUUUUCUGGAAGAAACUGAUUCUUAGAAGUUUGAAGAUCCUUGAGGCUUGAGUCACAUUUGGAGUAACAGGGACAGCAUUUGAAAUUGACCCCACAGCCCAGGCUUUAAUUGGAGACUUUUUUUGGCCAUCACACAUCCUUUGAAUUACUCAUUUUAAGUGAGAAACUGAUGGAUGUUCUCAACUAUAAGAAUCAAACUCCAUUUUUAUGAUGGCAGUUGUUAUUUAAAUGAUUCUUUCAAAAACUGAACUUGGUUUUUAAAUAGCCAUUGAUGGCCUUCAUAAAAAUCUAUGUUAACAAGUCUAAAAGGUUGAUUCAGGGACAAGCAAGCUUUUUCCUAUCUAGGACAGUUAAAAUUGGAGGUCGUAGCCCCCAUUUAUUUAGAUUGUACUUAUGGGCUAUAAACUCUUAUCUCUGUUUUGUGAAUAACAUAGCCAGAAAAGCAAUUUCAGUGGGGAAUCCAUUAGGCCUUGACCUUGUUCCUUUAUCUCUGAUCCCAGAGAGAUGCCUUUCUCAGUAUGUAGGGAAAAUCAGUUUGAAAUUGCAUCAAUAUCACAACUAACACGAUUAUUUUACUCAUACACAAUGUUACCUACCUUUGGUCCUCUUUCCCUGUGACUCAGUGUCAUGGGACAUGGUGGGAGAAUCAAUGCUGGCCCUUCUUACCCUGUUGAAUGGUAAGCUAGGAGGAGUCAGGAGGUGUAUUUAAUAAUUAACUCUCUGACCUAUAUGAGACCUAUAGAUGCAGUCGUGGUGCCUGGUUCUUUGAGAUGCAUCCAGUUUUCCCGGACAUCUUCAAAUCUGAGUCAUUUAACAAAGUAAAGUAGAAAUGCUAGAACACGUGUGGUCCAGUAGCAUAGGGGCAUGGAGGGUAAACACAGCAUCCCUGUGUACAAUGUGCACAGUGCUGGUACCUGUGCCACUGCUGCAGUAGCCAGGUGGAAUUAAUGAAUGCUCUUCACUGCCUAGUAAAGAACGACUGAGCAUUUUCAUUGCUUCCAGAGUAAAUUCAGCAGGGCUGAUCUGAUGGAUAGUGGUGCAUUUAAGAAGAAUAUCAGUGAAAGUGACUCUGAGGAUAAAGCCCUGUGGUUUUCAUUUGUCCUCAGUGGCCCAGCAGGCCCCUGAUUCCCAUGCAGCCUCCCAGUGUGGUAUAAGGAAGUGCAGGCUGUUUGCUAGCAAUGGCUAAGAAAACCCAAGCAGAAACUCCUGGCAGGAGAGCCUCUGAGGACAGGGCUUGGCUGCAUCACUUUUGUGCACAGGAGGAAAAUUGCUGGUAAUUGGUAGGUUUAUAUAUAUUAUUUUUAUAAUAGAAUGUUAAUCCUCUGAAAAACAUCAAAAAGUUAGUCUCCUAGAAAGAACUCUAUGCUUUCCAAACCUACUUCAAAGAAGGGUUCUAAACACCAGUAGGGUCCUUUACCCUUCACUACUCCAAUGGUCUAAUGGGAUAGAUGAAUCAAUGUUUAUAUUUUUAAACCUGUAAAUAUUUUUAUUUUGAAUAUUUUGUAUAUUUGUUGAUAUAAUUCCAUUUUGUGCAUAUGUACUAUUGUGCAUGUUGCUGGUUUUGAUAGUCACUCUUUUAACAAAUGUAAACAGGUUGGACUAACCGGCUCUCUGCUUUCAUUCAUCUUACACUGAAAAUACAAUGUUGCCAUUUUAACUGCUGUGUUUAAAUUCCGUCAAUAAAUUCUGUUGCUCCUUUGCAGUUAAAGCAAA